AUGAUUGUAUUUCUAGAGUUUAAUGGAAUGCAGGAAACUACUGAAAGAGGUGAAACUAACAGUAAUGCACUUGUGCAAAAGUAUCGCCUGUAGAUUGUGUUCAGAUCAAAUCUGGUUAACAGUUCAGUGAGUUCAGUAAGAGCAAGUUCUGACAUGUUUCACAAAAUAUAAAUACUAUAAAUAACUUUAGCAUGAUUUAAACACUCAGUCGGUCAGAGGAUCAGAGGAAGUGAACGAACACAGGAAGAGCUGAUCGUAUCUAAAGAAAGAGUUGAGAGCAUAUAAUGAAGAGGAAGACUGACAGAAAGAGAAGAUGGCUGAUGAGUGUGAUCUGUGUCUGCUGGGACUCAUCUUUCUCUCUUCACUUCUCUCAGGUUCCAGUGAAGUGGAUGAUGCUCAUGUGUUCAUCAGUUCUGGUCAAAAUGUCCGUCUGUCCUGUAAUAAUGCUCUUCAUGACUGCAAAUCAACAUAUUGGAUCUAUAACAGAUUCAGUCAUUCAGCAGCAGUUGAACUGAUUAAUUCAGGGAUAAAGAAGAAAGACACAGAGAGACAUGAGAGACUGAGUCUGGGGUCUGACUGCUCUCUGAACAUCAACAACAUCACAGAAGAAGAUUAUGGAUCUUACAUCUGCAGACAAUAUGUGAAUAAACAACAAGGAACUGAUGCUCGUGUGUUUCUGCAUGUUCUUCACGUCUCUUCAUCUUCAUCAUCCUCACAGACUGAGAUCAGUGCAGGCCGCUCUGUGACUCUCUUCUGUCAGCUGUAUUCAUAUUCAGAUGCUGGAGUCUCUUGUGAUGAUUGGAUCCGUUCUGAGGGAAUUGAGCUGUUCUGGGUGAAUCAGGCUGGUGUUAAACUGAAGAUAUCAGACUCCAGAUAUCAGAUAUCAGCAUCAGAUCACUGUAACAUCACUCUGACUACAACACUCCUGAAUGAAGAUCACAACAGAGAGUGGAGAUGCAGUGUUACUCACAGAGAUCGAGUCCAGAGCUCAGUCACAUAUACUGUCAAGAGUUCAGCUCGAGAUGAUCCAGCGUCACCAGUGAUUCCAGUCCACAACACAAAAUCAACUACAACGACACCAAUAACUUCUACACAAGAUCCAGCAGAAACUGAAGUCAGAAGGACUGCUGGAUCAUUAUUCAGAGUGAUUGUGAUUAUUGUUGAGUUUGCAGCGUUUGCUGCUCCUACUGUGAUUCUUCUUCAGAUCAUCUGUGCAAGAAGAGCUGGGAGGAAGAACUCACAGCACCAGAGGAAAUAGUGAUGAAUGCAAUAUUACAAUAAAAUACUCUCUACAAAUAACAGACCAGAUUACAGCAAGAUUUAUCUUCAUCUCAAUGAUAUUAUGGAUAUUUGCAUGCAGCUUUCAAGGAUAUUUGCUCCAUAUACACAUAAUACAGUACAUGGUAGUUUACCUUGAGUUAUCUAAUCCUUGCAUUAAACUUUUUAUAGAGGCUUUUUAAAUGUUGUAAUGGUCCAUUUUAACUGAUGAUGCAACACGUCUGUUAAUUAUCAUAUUACAUAUUUACAGAUGUAUAUUUUUUUAUUCAUUCACUGAUCAUUUAAAUCCAGAGACAAGUCCUUACUUAUGAAAAUGUAAGAUUUUUUCUGUAUUAGCUCUCUGUGUAAACUCUUGAUUACAAACAUCUCAGAAAUUAAAGGAAAAACGCACUAUGUAUUUUCUCAUGUUAUUUUCAGCAGCUAGAGUCCUUACUAGAACCAGGAAAUAUGACCAUAUUAGCCCGGUUCUGUCAACACUGCACUGGCUCCCUAUCAAACAUCGGAUAGAUUUUAAAAUCUUGUUAAUUACUUAUAAAGCCCUGAAUGGUUUAGCUCCUCAGUACUUGAGCGAGCUCUUAUCACAUUAUAGUCCUCCACGUCCGCUGCGUUCUCAAAACUCUGGCCGUUUGAUAAUACCUAGAAUAUCAAAAUCAACUGCGGGCGGCAGAUCCUUUUCCUAUUUAGCACCCAAACUCUGGAACAGUCUACCUAACACUGUUCGGGAGGCAGACACACUCUGUCAGUUUAAAUCUAGAUUAAAGACCCAUCUCUUUAGCCU